CCUACUCCUGGGCUUUUGUUGUGCUGGAUAAAGUAGGAUCUUGAAAGGGUGUGGGGAAGGGAUCAGAAAAGUUGGUGGAGUAGCAAAGAAAUGUGUCUACUACCUCAGAGAGAGGAACUCUGGGGAAGGACCAGAGGUAAUUAAAGGGUCAGUUAAAUGAAAGCAUGGACCAUGGGGGAGUUGGACCAUACGAACUUGGCAUGGAACAUUGUGAGAAAUUUGAAAUCUCAGAAACUAGUGUGAACAGAGGGCCAGAAAAAAUCAGACCAGAAUGUUUUGAGCUACUUCGGGUACUUGGUAAAGGGGGCUAUGGAAAGGUUUUUCAAGUACGGAAAGUAACAGGAGCAAAUACUGGGAAAAUAUUUGCUAUGAAGGUGCUUAAAAAGGCAAUGAUAGUAAGAAAUGCUAAGGAUACAGCUCAUACAAAAGCAGAACGGAAUAUUCUGGAGGAAGUAAAGCAUCCCUUCAUUGUGGAUUUAAUUUAUGCCUUUCAGACCGGUGGAAAACUCUACCUCAUCCUUGAGUAUCUCAGUGGAGGAGAAUUAUUUAUGCAGUUAGAAAGAGAGGGAAUAUUUAUGGAAGAUACAGCCUGCUUUUACUUGGCAGAAAUCUCCAUGGCUUUGGGGCAUUUACAUCAAAAGGGGAUCAUCUACAGAGACCUGAAGCCGGAGAAUAUCAUGCUUAAUCACCAAGGUCAUGUGAAACUAACAGACUUUGGACUAUGCAAAGAAUCCAUUCAUGAUGGAACAGUCACACACACAUUUUGCGGAACAAUAGAAUACAUGGCCCCUGAAAUCUUGAUGAGAAGUGGCCACAAUCGUGCCGUGGAUUGGUGGAGUUUGGGAGCAUUAAUGUAUGACAUGCUGACUGGAGCACCCCCAUUCACUGGGGAGAAUAGAAAGAAAACAAUUGACAAAAUCCUCAAAUGUAAACUCAAUUUGCCUCCCUACCUCACACAAGAAGCCAGAGAUCUGCUUAAAAAGCUGCUGAAAAGAAACGCUGCUUCACGUCUUGGAGCUGGUCCUGGGGAUGCUGGAGAAGUUCAAGCUCACCCAUUCUUCAGACACAUUAAUUGGGAAGAACUUCUAGCUCGAAAGGUGGAGCCGCCCUUUAAACCUCUGUUGCAAUCUGAAGAGGAUGUGAGUCAGUUUGAUUCAAAGUUUACACGUCAGACACCUGUUGACAGCCCAGAUGACUCAACUCUCAGUGAAAGUGCCAACCAGGUCUUCUUGGGUUUUACAUAUGUGGCUCCAUCUGUACUUGAAAGUGUGAAAGAAAAGUUUUCCUUUGAACCAAAAAUCCGAUCACCUCGAAGAUUUAUUGGCAGCCCACGGACACCUGUCAGCCCAGUCAAAUUUUCUCCUGGGGAUUUCUGGGGAAGAGGUGCUUCAGCCAGCACGGCAAAUCCUCAGACACCUGUGGAAUACCCAAUGGAAACAAGUGGAAUAGAGCAGAUGGAUGUGACGACAAGUGGGGAAGCAUCAGCUCCACUUCCGAUACGACAGCCGAACUCCGGACCAUACAAAAAACAAGCUUUUCCCAUGAUCUCCAAACGGCCAGAGCACCUGCGUAUGAAUCUAUGACAGAGCAAAGCUUCCAAUGAAUAUGAGGUGAAAAAGGGGGAGGGAGGGUUGUGAGCCUCCUGCAAAGUGAACAAGAAGACUCAAAAUGACAGUCUCAGAGUCAGUGUUGUUACACAGAACACUUUGGACGGAGGAGAAACAAACAUAGAUUUUUAAAACUCAAUCAAUGGUGCAAAAAAAAAAAAACUUAAGCAAAAUAGUAUUGCAGAACUCUUAGGCACAUCAAUUGAUUGAUUCCUAGCGACAUCUUCUCAACCUUAUCAAGGAUUUUCAUGUUGACGGCUCGAAACUGGCAGUAUUAAGGGUAGGAUGUUGCUUCUGAAUCACUGUUGAGUUCUGAUUGUGUUGAAGAAGGGUUAUACUUUCAUUAGGCAAUAAUGCCUAUAAUACUUGCAACUAAGGACAAAUUAGCAUGCAAGCUUGGUCAAACUUUUUCCAGCAACAUGGAAUCAAAGACAAAACAAACUUAUCAAUUGAUGUUUUAUGUGCAAACAACCUGAAUCUUUUUUUUAUAUAAAUAUAUAUUUUUCAAAUAGAUUUUUGAUUCAGCUCAUUAUGGAAUACAUCCCAAACUUUAAAAUGCGAAAUUAUUGGUUGGUGUGAAGAAAGCCAGACAGUUUUUGUUUCUUCUCUUGAUGAAAUAAUAAAAUGCAAAUGAAUCAUUGUUAACCACAGCUGUGGCUCGUUUGAGGGAUUGGGGUGGACCUGGGGUUCAUUUUCAGUGACCCAGCUGCAAUACCUGUCUGUAAUACUAGAAAAAAGAUGAUUCUAUUUAAUCAUUUCUACUUGCAGUACUGCUAUGUGCUCAGCUUAACUGGAAGCCUUGGAAUGGGCAUAAGUUUUAUGUCCUACAUUUCAUCCUUAUCCUGGGCCUGCGUUGCACUGGAAAAAAAACAAACCACCACCUGUACUUAUACCAGUAUUUGGUUCAAGAUGCCAAAUUUGUUCAGCCCAUAGUUGAAGAAGGACAGAAGAGAGUCAGGAUAAAAUGCAUACCAAGGGCUGUAAAAUGAGGGAGUUAGGGAUUUCCAGGGGAAAGAGGGUGUUGCCAUGGUCCACACUCUAAUAUCUUUACAGCAAAUUGGUAAGGUUUCAUGUUUUACUUCUUUUUACUGUUUUUGCUGUAUACCUUAAUUUUUUUUCCUUGACAGUUUUAAAAAGGAAAAAGGUCUAAUUUUCUUUGUUUGUAUUGGGGCUAUAUUUUUUGAUUGUAAAAAUAUUUAAUGGCCUUUUGAUGAAUGUCUUCCACAUUGAAUAAGAAAACUUAGUGGCUUAAUUUAGGAAACACAUUAACAGGACACCAUGUUUUGAAAUUGUAACAAAAUCCACAUAAGUGAUUUUACAGGUACAAAGAAUAAAAAUAAGGUAACUUUACCUUCUUAAA